GGCAGCUGAAAAAGUUGGAUGAAGAUAGUUUAACUAAACAACCAGAAGAAGUGUUUGAUGUCUUAGAGAAACUUGGAGAAGGAUUGCAGGUGGGCUUCCUGCAUGAACUUGUGGGCUGGGACGAGGCUCCACAUCUAUGAACCAAAGUUGGAAUAAAUUUGCCUGAUCACUACUAGAAAGUAUCAUUUGCCUGUGGCCUGGGGAAAAAGGGGAGGUGCUCGUCUGACAAUAGGAACCAGGCCUGGACUGCAUUCAGGUCCUAUGGCAGCGUAUACAAAGCUAUUCAUAAGGAGACCGGUCAGAUUGUGGCUAUUAAGCAAGUUCCUGUGGAAUCCGACCUGCAGGAGAUAAUCAAAGAAAUCUCCAUAAUGCAGCAAUGCGACAGCCCUCAUGUAGUCAAAUAUUAUGGCAGUUAUUUUAAGAACACAGACUUGUGGAUCGUUAUGGAAUACUGUGGGGCUGGUUCAGUGUCUGAUAUCAUUCGGUUACGAAAUAAAACGUUAACAGAAGAUGAAAUAGCUACAAUAUUACAAUCCACGCUGAAGGGACUGGAAUACCUUCAUUUUAUGAGAAAAAUACACCGAGAUAUCAAGGCAGGAAAUAUUUUGCUAAACACAGAAGGACAUGCAAAACUUGCAGAUUUUGGGGUAGCCGGUCAACUAACAGAUACCAUGGCCAAGCGAAAUACAGUAAUAGGAACACCAUUUUGGAUGGCUCCAGAAGUGAUUCAGGAAAUUGGGUACAACUGUGUGGCAGACAUCUGGUCAUUGGGAAUAACUGCCAUAGAAAUGGCUGAAGGAAAGCCCCCAUAUGCCGAUAUCCAUCCAAUGAGGGCAAUCUUCAUGAUUCCUACCAAUCCUCCUCCCACAUUCCGGAAGCCAGAACUGUGGUCAGAUGGCUUCAUGGAUUUUGUGAAGCAGUGUCUUGUAAAGAGCCCUGAGCAGAGAGCCACAGCCACUCAACUCCUACAGCACCCAUUUGUCAAGAGUGCCAAAGGAGUGUCGAUACUGCGGGACUUAAUUAACGAAGCCAUGGAUGUGAAGCUGAAGCGCCAGGAAGCCCAGCAGCGGGAGGUGGACCAGGACGAUGAAGAAAACUCAGAGGAGGAUGAAAUGGAUUCUGGCACGAUGGUUCGAGCAGCAGGUGACGAGAUGGGCACUGUCCGAGUAGCCAGCACCAUGAGUGACGGAGCCAAUACUAUGAUUGAGCACGAUGACACCUUGCCGUCACAGCUCGGCACCAUGGUGAUCAAUGCAGAGGACGAGGAAGAGGAAGGGACUAUGAAAAGAAGGGAUGAGACCAUGCAGCCUGCAAAACCAUCUUUCCUUGAAUACUUUGAACAAAAAGAAAAGGAAAAUCAGAUCAACAGCCUUGGCAAGAGUGCCCCUGGCCCGCUGAAGAACCCUUCAGAUUGGAAAGUGCCACAGGAUGGAGACUAUGAGUUUCUUAAGAGCUGGACAGUGGAGGACCUUCAAAAGAGGCUCCUGGCCCUGGACCCCAUGAUGGAGCAGGAGAUUGAAGAAAUCCGGCAGAAGUACCAGUCGAAGCGGCAGCCCAUCCUGGAUGCCAUUGAGGCUAAGAAGCGGCGGCAGCAGAACUUCUGAGCCGGGCCGGCCGGGAGGGCCCCACCUCCACCCCGGCCCUCGGCGACCUCAGGCAGGUUUAGCCAACACUCCUGCGCUGUCAUUUCUCCACAGCACCUUCGCGAACUCAGGAACGUGCGCCAGUGGGAAGGGCUGCCUGGACAGUCCGCGAACCACCUGAUGUGUGUGUGUCGAAACUGGUCAGGUUUCAUUAUUUUAUAGGACUUAUCUUGGCGCUUUUAAACUCAGAGUUUUAAACCCCAGGAACAGAGACUCCUAGUUGAGUGAUAGCUGGGAAAGUUUUACAUGGUCUUUUGUUUUCCUUCUCCCAAUAGCUUUCAAUUGUUCUUUCUGGAGGACUUUUUAAAAAAAUAUAUAAAUAUGCAUAUAUAUAUAAAUUAUAACUCGGUCGCCCACGCAGUGUGGUGGCAUCGCUGUACAGGUACAGUUUUGAACCAUUGGCCUCUUUUCUGUAAGAUUACGGUACUGUGCAACACGAGGGCAGAGGGCACCCGGGGCAGCUGGGGUCACUCGACGCCCAGGCGCCAAGCUCGCCCUUGUGCGGGGCUGCAUUUAUUAUAAAUCCUAGGUUUGGGCCAGUUCCCACCACGGUUUUGGCCUUGCGUGGGCCAUCCAGCUUCUGGAGCUGUUGCCGAUGUCCAAGGGCAAGGCUUGAGAGUUGCGUUUACUUGGCGAGUCCCAGGAGAAGCCUGGUGCCAUCUUUGCAAAUUGGCCUUGGCGGUGUCAGCACCUUUCCUCCACCUCCUGUCUCCCAGCUGCCUAAAGUCAUAGCACAGACCCUGCCCAGUGCCUUAAGAGGAGAUGUGGUCCGCUGAGGGGACAGACCAACCGGGAGCUCUCAGCCAGCACGGGGCUGUGCCGAGUCCACAAGAGGGAAAGGGUUUCCGAAGCUCUCGUCGGUCACGUCAAGAUCCCACACGUGGCAUUUUGCUCCACGCUCCUUACAGACCAGGGUAGAGGGCAUUGAUUUUGUGACCCACAUUCAAAUAUGUGACUGUUUUCUUUUAUUAUUUUACUGCUAAAGGGUCUGGAAAGGACCCGUGACCAUCAGACUAAGAUUUGUUCUCCAGGAGGCUCAACCCAGACACGUGGAAUGCCAGAGCCGGAAGGGACCCUAGACGUCAUCUGGUCUGACUGAGGCUUGGAGAGGGCAAGGGACACGGCCAAAAUCACAACGCAAGUUCGAGUAGGAGCUGGGACCAGACCCGGCUCCUCACUCCUGGUACAGCGAACCGUGCAGCCCCUUCUCCGGGGAGCCUCGUGUGUCCGUUUCGGUUAGGCUGUUCCAGGAAAGCCUGCUGACGGAAACGGGCCCUUGCUUUGUCUCUUCAGUGGGUGACUGGCUGUGAAGAGAUGCUCAGGGGACCUGGUCAUUCCAUUUGGGCCAUCCCAUGGCCUCUGCGGCAUCUGCCGGCUAGCAGACAAGCCUCAUGUGGGCAGAUUGAGGGCCAAAUGCAGAUCGGAGAAAGGCAGCAUGAGCCCCUCUUCAGCAUCGGCUCAGGCCACCUGUCAUCUCGUCACUCCGCAAAGAGGAGACACUUGGGAAAGUCAAAUGUGUUUUUAUGUUCAAAUUAUCUCUUCCUCUCAGCUAGGGGUCUGUGACUGGGUUGCACCUAAAGACACUGUAAUUUGACUCCUUAAUUGCUUUUGCUGCCCAACCUGGGAAUCAAUGGAAAGGCAGGGAGCGUUCCUCUUCUGUGGCCACAUUCUAUUCUUUGCUAUUAAAGCAAGUUUUUAAAAAUGCAAGAAGCCGUUGUUAGUCCAUAGGCCAGUUAAGCAGCUCUGUGGCAGAUACAGAGAACAGAGGACAAUUUCAGAAUCCCGCUAGAAUAAUAAAUAGCAGCUACUAUUCGUUGGCCUCUUAGGAUAUGCCAGGCACUGAGCUAGGUAGGUUCUAUGCAUCAGCUCCAAACCUCACAAUAACCCCAUGAGUUAAGUACUCUUAUCUCCAUCGCAUAGAUAAAGAAAAACGUUCAUAGAAGGAGAAAAAAGUUCUUCCUCAAGGCAGUACAGCUAAUAAGUGGUAGUCAGGAUUCACAGCAUCACCACAUGGAACCAGUAUUUACAGGGAAAAGGAAAGUCACAAGUCUUUUUAAAAGCAACCACUUUCCCUUGUACAGACGAACUCCUAACGAGCAUUUUUAAGUUGGGAAACAACUGAGUUAGUAGACAAGUCUGACGGCCAAGUAAGUGAGUUUUAAAAACCAAAGCAUGGAGCAGCCGUUCCCCACACCAUCUGCUGUGCUAAUUAACAGUCCUGUCUGAGUCCCUUUUAAAAAGGACUUCGCACUUGGCCAGACAGGAGGGGAAUGUCCUAGAUCUAAGUAAAAGGAGGUUGAGUUUUUCCCCAUAAAUAUUCUUGGGUCAUGAAUCUCGAUCUGGAAUUUCUUUUGUUUCAAGCAUGUGUGCACCCAGCCUGCUGGUCCAACAAAGUCCAUUGCUUCCCCAGUCUAGCUAGACAGACUCCUUUGCCAGAAAUCAAUUUCUUUUGGAUCAGAUAAAUUUCCUGACAAGGUGUAUUUGUUUUCUAGUAGCAGGAAGGCAGAGGAGUAAAUCCUAGUCAUUUUUUUUUCCCCUUGAAUUCUAAAUUCAAGAUAGGUCAGUUUGCUUUCAUUGAGCCCUGAGCAUCAGUCAUUGCUGGAGCAUUUGUGGCUCAAGCUUCCAGGCAGCUCUUAGCCCCUCGCUUGUUCUCUCCCAAGAAAUAAUGAACCCCUCCCCCCCCCCAUUGUGUGUUUAAAAAACUCAAAUUCUCAAGAAUAUCGUAAUUGCUUCCUCAUCAGUAAUUUUGAAGUAGAUUUCUGUUUUUCUUUUUCCGUUGCCCCUUCUCCCAACCAAUUGGAUUGUCAGAUGAAUGUUUGGAUGGAUGGAUGGAUGGAUGGAUGGAUGGAUGGAUGGAUGGAUGGAUGGAGAGAGAGAGAGAGAGACAGGCAGGCAGGCAGACUCAAUACUCUGAAGUAACUUAAGCACUAUAGCCUUAACUCCUUGAAACUAUAGAUUCUGAUCCAGGAAACAUUUAUUUAGCACCCGCCAUAUGCCAGAAAUUCAUUAUACCAUUUAAAACUCAAAAGCUUUUAUCAAUAUCAGGAGUGAAAAAGGGGACAUCAUUAUAGAUCCUACAGAUAUAAAAAGGCUAAUAACAAUAUUAUGAACAACUUUGUGCUAAUAAGUUCAAUAAUUUCAAUGACAUGGACAAUUUUUUUUUUUAACAUACAAAGUACUAAAUUCACUCAAGAAGAAGUAGAUUCUGAAGAGUCCUGGAUCUAUGAAAACAUAUUAGCUCUGGGAGAUACAGGUAUUAUUGUCCAUAUUUUACAGAUGAGGAAACUGAGGUUCAGCGAGAUCAAGUCCACUCAAUGCUCAAGGUCACGUAGCUAGAAUACGGCAGAGCUAGGAUUCAAACCCAGCUCUCCGGACCCCCAGUGCCCUUUCCAGCAUACCAUGUUGCCUCUGAAGAUUGUAGCUCCUUAUUUACUGGAAACUUGUUCCUGCCCAGUCCACACCCUCCCACCCCAUCCUUCCUUAAGCACUAUGUUUGUGUUUUCAUCAGGAUUCUAUUCGUUGUCUUUGGAAUCCAUGUUCUGAUUUGUGUUUGGGGAAAAUAAAAUCCUCUUCCACCAGCUUACACUCAGACCAACUUGAAAAACAAAACAAAAAAAAGCAUAAAUGCUGUUGCAGAUGUACAAUUUAAAAAUGUGAAGUUUGUAGCUUUAACUUUUUGUAACAACAACUAAUAACACUGGCUUAAGUGCUGAUUUGAAAUGCUAUUUUCUAAGAUUUGGAUGUAAAUAAUCAGUCAAAGUCGGCAGUUUGUAUUGUAUAUGUAGGAAACAUAGCUUCCUCCAUUGCUUUUUUUUUUAUUUGAGAUGCCUCCAAUGUGCUUUUAUUUUGGAAUUGUUGUUCUCCCUCCUUCAUUCUUCCUACACCAUGUCACCUUUGUUUUAAAUAAAUUGCCCUUCAGACCACA